UUGAAAGCGUCGGGUGAGGCGCGGCGGCCUGGGGCUGCAGGGAAGGUUUCCGUGUUGCGGCGUUAACUCUGGAUGCCAGCUGUCAAUCACUGUAAGAUGCUAGACCGAAUGGGGCCGCACGGAGUCUUGUAGUGAGAGCAAGGUGACGUUACUGGUUAGAUAGCGCUCCUAUGUGAAGACGAGGGAAGCUUGGUGUGAUGAAUGUCAAGAGCCAGGUACAACUAAUGAGAAAGAAACAACAAGAGAGGAAAGGGGAGAACUCCACUGCCACCAUGCAGAGAAGUAUUAUGUCAUUUUUCCAACCCACCAAAGAGGGUAAAGCAAAGAAGCCUGAAAAGGAGACAGCCAACAGCAUCAGAGAGAAGGAGUCCCCUCCAAAGGUAGCAUUGAAAGAGAGGAAUCGACUGGUGUCUGAGAGUGAUUCUCCAGUGAAGAGGUCAGGAAGGAAGGCAGCCCAGGUCCUAAGCAGUGAAGGGGAGGAGGAAGAUGAAGCUCCUGGCACCCCCAAAGUUCAGAAGUCUGUGUCAGACUCCAAACAGAACUCUCCUUCCAGCCCUGACACAUGUCCUGAGAAUGGUCCUUUCUUCAACAGCCCCUCCAUGGAUAUCUCCCCAUCAGGAUUCCCGAAGCGUCGCACUGAAGCACAGACCCCAACAGAAAGUCUCACAGAGGCUGAAGAUGCUGGCGUCAAACAGGAUCCUCAGGAAGAGGAGCAGAGCAAACCUCCUGCUAGAAGUACCAAGACACUCAGCAGCUUCUUUGCUCCCCGGAAGCCAGCAGUGAAACCUGAAGUGAAACAAGAAGAGUCAGGUACUCCAAGGAAGGAAGAGACCAAGGGAACCCUGGAUCCAACAAACUACAAUCCUUCCAAGAGUAACUACCAUCCUAUUGAAGAUGCCUGCUGGAAACACGACCAGAAGGUUCCUUUUCUUGCUGUGGCCCGGACAUUUGAGAAGAUAGAGGAGGUUUCUGCUCGCCUCAAGAUGGUGGAGACACUGAGCAACCUGCUACGCUCUGUGGUGGCCCUGUCACCCCCAGACCUGCUCCCUGUCCUUUACCUCAGCCUCAGCCGCCUUGGGCCACCUCAGCAGGGACUAGAGCUGGGCGUUGGUGAUGGUGUCCUCCUCAAGGCAGUUGCCCAGGCCACAGGUCGUCAGCUGGAGUCCAUCCGGGCUGAGGUAGCUGAGAAGGGUGAUGUGGGACUGGUGGCCGAAAACAGCCGCAGCACUCAGAGACUCAUGCUGCCCCCACCUCCACUCACCACCUCCGGGGUCUUUACCAAAUUCUGUGACAUUGCCCGGCUCACUGGCAGUGCUUCCAUGGCUAAGAAGGUGGACAUCAUCAAGGGCCUUUUUGUCGCCUGACGCCACUCAGAAGCCCGAUUCAUUGCCAGGUCCUUAAGUGGACGGCUGCGCCUUGGGCUGGCUGAGCAGUCGGUCUUGGCUGCACUUGCCCAGGCUGUGAGCCUCACACCCCCUGGCCAAGAAUUUCCCCCUGCUGUUGUGGAUGCUGGGAAGGGCAAGACAGCAGAGGCCAGAAAGAUGUGGUUGGAAGAACAAGGCAUGAUCUUGAAGCAGACCUUCUGUGAGGUGCCUGACCUAGAUCGAAUCAUCCCUGUGCUGUUGGAACAUGGGCUGGAACGUCUCCCAGAGCACUGCAGGCUGAGCCCAGGGAUCCCUCUUAAACCAAUGCUGGCCCAUCCCACUCGGGGUGUCAGCGAGGUACUGAAGCGCUUUGAGGAGGUGGACUUCACCUGCGAGUAUAAAUAUGAUGGGCAGCGGGCACAGAUCCAUGUUCUGGAAGGUGGAGAGGUGAAGAUCUUCAGCAGGAACCAGGAAGACAACACAGGAAAGUACCCUGACAUCAUCAGCCGCAUCCCCAAGAUUAAACUCCCCUCUGUCACUUCUUUCAUCCUGGACACUGAGGCUGUGGCCUGGGAUCGGGAAAAGAAGCAGAUCCAGCCAUUCCAAGUGCUCACCACUCGAAAGCGCAAGGAGGUGGAUGCAUCGGAGAUACAGGUGCAGGUGUGUCUGUAUGCCUUUGAUCUCAUCUUCCUCAACGGAGAGUCCCUGACUCGCCAGCCCUUGUCUCGACGCCGGCAACUGCUCCGGGAAAACUUUGUGGAGACAGAGGGCGAGUUUGUCUUCGCCACCUCCCUGGACACCAAAGAUAUCGAGCAGAUCGCUGAGUUCUUGGAGCAGUCGGUGAAGGACUCCUGUGAGGGGCUGAUGGUGAAGACCCUGGAUGUUGAUGCCACCUAUGAGAUCGCCAAGAGGUCACACAAUUGGCUCAAGCUGAAGAAGGACUACCUUGACGGUGUGGGUGACACUCUGGAUCUUGUGGUGAUUGGUGCCUAUCUGGGUCGGGGGAAGCGUGCUGGCCGGUAUGGGGGCUUCCUGUUGGCUGCCUAUGAUGAAGAGAGUGAAGAGCUGCAGGCCAUAUGCAAGCUGGGAACUGGAUUCAGUGAUGACGAGCUGGAGGAGCAUCACCAGAGCCUGAAGGCCCUGGUAUUGCCAACCCCACGCCCCUAUGUGAGAAUUGAUGGGGCAGUGGCUCCAGACCACUGGCUGGACCCCAGUGUCGUGUGGGAGGUGAAGUGUGCAGAUCUCUCUCUGUCUCCCAUCUACCCUGCUGCACGGGGCCUGGUGGACAAAGAAAAAGGUAUCUCCCUUCGUUUCCCUCGGUUCAUUCGUGUCCGUGGAGACAAGCAGCCAGAGCAAGCCACUACCAGUGACCAGGUGGCCUGUUUAUACCGGAAGCAGAGUCAGAUUCAGAACCAGCAAAGCUCAGACUUGGACUCCGACUUUGAGGACUGCUAUUAACCCCCUGGCCUCCUGGGCCUGGAGUGGAGAUUGAGGGAACCUGGGUACUAAUUGCUUGGUGGUGUUGACUGGUGUGUGUGUGUGGGGGAAAUAGGGGUGGGAUACUGGUACUGUGAUGUUUCAUUUUCUUAAAUAAAUGACUAUUAAAUACC